UCGUCAUGUUGCUAUCAUGCUAUGGUUACCCGCGUAACAUGGCGGCUGUAUCGCGAGUUGAUUUACACAACUGAAGUUGAACAUAAAAUGGAAUUUUAAACUAUUUUCUUUUCUAUUACUGUGUAUAAAUACGAGAUGGCUGCAAUAAGAGUUCAGAACUACUUAAAAAAGCAUAAAAUUGGGCCGUUAUUCGAGGUAAAAAGAUUCUUUUAAAACGAAAAUUGAUCAUGUGUAUUUUGCUAGCGUUCAUUUUCUUUAUAUACUAUGCGUUCAGUUUAAUAAAACUUGCGUUCCUCAAAGCCUGUGUUUUCCGUUAGUAUCUCAGAAGUUAAAGAUUUAUGAAACCUGUUUUAUACGUAAGACGAGGCGGUGUUACUUAUAGUAAAAUUUGAACUUUGGUGUUGACAUUUUAUUUCGAAAUUCGACGUAGAUGCUGGGAAAUUGACAAAAAUCCUCUCUCAAAAAUACAUGUUUGAUAUUUUACAAUUACUGUAUUCAUAGCAGAGCUGCCAGCCUUCAGAAUACCUCUAAUACUAUACAUCCGUAAAAAUUACUUCAUUUUUCAGUAAAAGUAUAAGAAAAUUAUUUCAAAAAUAUACGACUUUGAAAGCCUUUUAUAGACAAGCUUUUCUGUGCGGAAAUAACAAUCAUGGAUUGAGUUGUGUUUAGUCAUUAAUGGCAAGAGUCAUUCAGGACACACCAGAUGAUCCAAUUGGAUAUAUAAUUGAAAUUCUACAAGUAAUGCAUAAGAAACAAGCCAAGCAACUUGAAAGUAGUUUUAAUAAUCACAUGUCACCCAGAUCAUCUUCAAGGCAGACGUAUCAUUCACAAAGUGGGGGUAAUAAGAGGAGGUCAGAUCAUAAUUUGGCUGCAUCCUGGUCUGCUGGUGUGGAUCAACAGGAAUCUAAAAAACAGGAUAAUCAAUUGAGAACUUGGACUGGAAAUUAUUUUAAAACUGUUAAGAAUGAAACAUGGUCAGGUGAUAGACAAGAGUCUAAACCUUCGUGGAACAAUGACACUCGCGUUCCAACUAAGGACUUUGAUGAGCUGUUUCAAAUGCAGAACGAAGGUGCAGCUCAGAUCAAAUCCUCGCCAAAUCAAGAUAUAUAUCGUGGGGUUCGAAGCUGGGACGACGGCGAGAGCAGACGUUCUGAACAAAAGAUUUCAUAUGAAGCAGAUGACAAGGAUGAAUUAAGCAGCGAACUUCGUUUGAAAUCGAAGCAAUCAGAUAAAGAUAUUCACCAACCUGUAUCAAUGAUAUCGGGGGGUCGAUCUAUAAAAACAAGCAGACAAGAAGUUGAGAAGCACCGCAAAGAAUUACAGGCGCUGCUGUUGGAAGAUGGUCCGGGGAAAAAGAAAAGAAGUACAAAAAAUUCCUCCCCUGAAGAACGUGGAACAGAAAUAAUUGGAAAGAAUGGAAGAUUUACAGAACGAAGGAGUAAAUGAAACGCCAUCUCUCAAAGGAGCUAAACUCGAUAAAUUAAAACGGAUGGGAAAUAAAGAAGUUUCCGUCACAAUUUGUGCAAGAUGUGCCAG